UAUGGGGUUAACUUCGCUUCUGGUGGAGGUGGUGUUCUGCCUCAAACAUAUUCAGGCUAUGCAAUAGAUCUGAAGACUCAACUAAGCCAGUUCAAGAACGUAGAGAAAGUCCUGAAAGAGAAGCUAGGAGAUAAGGAAACUAAGAAAGUGUUUUCCAGGGCGGUUUAUCUCUUCAAUAUUGGAGCCAAUGAUUACAUAUAUGCAUUGACUGUAAACAGAAGUGUGUUUCAGUCCUACACUAAAAAGGAAUUUGUAGAGGAGGUUAUUGGCAGCCAAAUUGAUGUGAUAAAAGAAAUAUAUAAGAUUGGAGGGAGGAAAUUUGGGUUGGUGGGAAUGGGACCUUUGGGUUGUUCACCGGGCGUUGUAGUGAAGAAUCAUGAACAAAACAGCAGAGAAUUUUCUUGCGACAAACGAGUCACACAACUUGUGAAAUUGCAUAAUCAGAUUAUCUCUACAGUCCUCAUCAACUUAAGUUGCCAACUACAAGGAUUGAAAUAUGGAAUCUUUGAUCUAUAUGUCUCUCUCCGCGAAAGAAUCAGUCACCCUUUGAAAUAUGGUUUCAAAGAUGGGAAGACAGCAUGUUGUGGGAGCGGUCCAUUUAGAGGGAAUUACACUUGUGGAAAAGGUGAAAAGUAUGUUGUCUGUGAAAAUCCUAAUGAGAGAGUAUUUUAUGACUCGUACCACCCAACACAGAAAGCUUACCAGCAACUUGCUGAGUUGAUGUGGAAUGGAACUCCAAGUAUCAUCCAACCUUAUAACCUAAAAACACUUUUCUACCUUAUAAAUUUAUAA